GUAGGAACUAAUCCUGCUAUAAUUUUACCACAAAAUGCUAAUGAAUCUAAUGAAAUUAGUUUAGACCAAUAGAUCAAACCGAACCGAUUGCUUUCUUUUGGUUUUCAAGGAUCUUCAGGCAAAACCGAUUCUUCUCACUCGUUUGCUGAAUCCUCGAAGUAGACAGAGUUGUCUCGGCAAACAGGCGCUGGAGAAUGGAGGAUGCACUUGUCCUUAUACUUUCGAUGUUCCUUGUUUUGGCCUUAAUACCGUUGUAUUUAUGGAAACUCCGGAAGAGCUCUCAAAUUCCAGAGGAGCCUGAAGAAGAAACUCUGGUUAGGCGGAGGGAAGCUGUCGUCAGGGCAACUGGAACUCGUCGCAUGCGUAGAAGACCAGCUUCUUCAGCUGCCAGUACAUCUUCAGCUGCUGCUGUAGAAGAAAGUGUUGAUGAAAGUGAUGAUGAUGCAUCUGGGGAUGGAUAUUAUGCUGCCAAGGCAUCAAAGAAGAAGGAAAAGAAGCGUCAAGAGAGGGCAGCACAGAGACAGGCUGAAGAAGCUUCUCGUGAUUCAAGGCAGAUUAAAUCAAGCCGUUAUGAUGAAAUAAGGAGGAAAAAGGAGGAGGAGCGUGAGGCUAAAGAGCAUGCCUUAGAAGAAGAAGUCAAAGCUCGCCAGGCAAAAGAGGAAGAAGCUGCUGCCCACGAGUUUGAAAAAUGGAAGAGCGCAUUUUCAGUUGAUGCUGAAGGCACUACUGAAAGUGACAUACAAGAUGAAAGCCAUGGCUUGCUUUAUGAUUUUGUUGAAUACAUUAAGAAGCACAAAUGUGUUCCACUGGAGGAUCUUGCUGCAGAAUUCAAAUUGAGGACCCAGGAGUGUAUCAACCGGAUCAAUUCACUGGAAGAGAUGGGGAGGCUUUCGGGUGUUAUGGAUGAUAGAGGGAAGUAUAUAUACAUCUCUAUAGAAGAAAUGAAAGCUGUGGCAGACUAUAUCAAACGUGAAGGUAGGGUUAGCAUUUCACAUCUUGCCAGCAAAUCUAACCAGUUCAUCGACUUGGAGCAAAAAUCCCAGUUGGCCGAAGACACUGUCAGUUUUGGGGAGAUAGCUGUUGCUUGAUUCUCUUUUGGUGUGGAGGAGCUUAAAUUAUGGUUGCCUGCGAAGAGAUUAAAAGGCAACUUAUCGAGAAGAAGUACAAAGCCACCUUUGUGAUGAGCUUCUCUUCAUGUUUCUAGAAAUCAUGGUCUUCAAAUAUCUAUGGAUUUUUAUGGUAAAUCGACGACUUAAUUUAAUUGACGAUUUGUCAAACGGCUUGCAAUAUAGUCUAUGGAUUAUGCUUUCUAAUGUUUUGUUACUCUUUUACGGUAAUUUUAUGUAGCUGUACUUAACAAAUUGUUAACAAAUUGGUGACUCCUUUAGAACCUCCUUGCAAUUUUG